AUGGACGAAGCGCAAGUUCUGCCGCCGCCACCGAUCGAGCCCAUCUCUCGACCAAGCUCGACGUCAACCUCUGCAUCUGCCAAUGUGCAGCAGCUGCCCGGCAUUGCCUCCCUUGCAGCAAGCAACGCGACCGCUGAGCCCCCGCAGCAGCAAAGACCACCUCCAAUUCCUCAGCCUCAAAUGUAUCACGGCGUCUCCCCUGCUGCUACGAGCGGCGGCAACAACGGCAACAUGCCGGUCUGCCAAAACUGCGGAACGUCAACAACGCCAUUAUGGCGACGUGACGAGUUUGGCUCCGUCCUUUGCAAUGCAUGUGGACUUUUCUUGAAGCUGCACGGACGACCGCGACCGAUAUCCCUCAAGACAGACGUUAUCAAAAGUCGGAACCGUGUGAAGACGAUGCGCCCAGAUCUCGCUCCAAAGAGAAAGCAGCAGCAUCAACAUCAUGGACAUGGCUUCCCUCUCUCGACAGAUCCCAAUAGCGCUGAGAACACUGCGGCGCAAGCAAUUCGACGAGCGCAAAAGGCGAAUGGCGAGGGCCCCAACUCACCCAUCUCCCGCACCGGUACCCCUUCCAUGUACAACCAUGGUCUGCCUUCUUUCAUGGUGGACGACCCAUCUCAAGCAGGUGUUGGUGGGUUUAAUGGCGGAGAGGGACGGGCCGUCUCGCCAAUGAAUGGAGAUCGUGGCCUUGACUCUCCGCAAACGCAAGAACAACUCAUUGCGAAUAAUUCUAGUUUGAAAACUAGAGUUAGAGAACUUGAGUUUAUCAAUGAACUAUUCCGAGGUCGUCUCAGCCAGCUUGAGCAGCAAGAAGCUGCUGCUUCUGAAGCUCUCAGGGGUCAAGAAGUCGCAGGUGUCGAGCAUACCCAGCUGCGGGCCCAGUUAGACGUCAGCCGGGAAACCGAAAAUCAACUCCGAGGUCAACUCGAAGAGAGUCACCGAAGAGAAAACAUUCUCAAGCGACGCCUCGACGACCUGGAGCUUGAGCUAAAGGCUGUUAAGGAAGCUUUAAUUGACGCAGACACGCGGCCCUAUAAGAGAGCACGCACCAUAGACUCUGAUGAGGCUGUCAAGGCGGAAGCGGCUGAUGCCCUGGCUGCAGUUGCAGUUGCCGUUGCUCCAGAGCUAAUGGUUGAUGCUCAUAUGGCAGAAGUGCCUGCUACAGAGCCCGUUGUUGAAGCACACGAAGAGCUCCCUUCUGGCAUCUCAAUGGAUGACGCCGCCGAUAUUACUACUUCUGCCAUUGCAGAGCCUACUGUCGAGCCAUCCGUAGAAAUGGCUACAGAACUAGUUGCAGAAACAGCCCCUGCAGAUGCAGCGGAGAUACUUGCAGAAAUAGCUACAGAGACGGUAACAGAGACGGUAACAGAGACGAAUGCCGAAGCAACCACGGAGAUAGCUGCAGAGCAAACGGCUGAGGCAGUGCCUGAGACCGCUACCGAACCUGCUGCGGAGCCUACUGCGGAGCUUGUUCCGGAGCCUGUUGCCGAAGCUACAAUUGAGAUGGACUCAGCUCCAGAGGCAUCCGAGCCCGUCAUAGCAGACACAAACAAAGCUACUCCAGAACUAGAGGGUGCUGCCGCUCCCGCAGAAGUCGCCGCUUAG